AAACGGCGUCGGUUUUGCUUUUACGGACUAACGAAACUUCGACUCGUCCUCUCCAUUAUAGUUAUCUAUGUCCUGAAACCACAGAUCUCUCCCCUCUCUACAUCGGUGGACAAUGGAAUUUCGUUUACGCAGCGUUUUCCAUCUUCUUAUAGUCUCGUCUCUUCUCUGCACACUAGCUAGGGCCGAAACUACCGGUUCAGUUUUCUUCAUCGAUGGCCAGAAUCACCAGUAUCUUAGGAAGCCAUUAUCUACAAACGAUGUCGUCCAGUCUCAUUCCAUGUCGCCUCUGGAAGUCGGUGCUGCUGUGUCUGUCUUGCUUGGUUUUCAACCUCCUACCACACUUUCAGCUGCUGGUUCAUCCAAGUUGAAUGAGGUUCUCAUGCCCAAUCCAUUUGAUAGACCUCGUGCUGUUUUUGUGCUGGAAGUCACAGGAGUAAAUGAUAUGGUUAAUCCAGAAAAUGCCUUGUUUACUAAUGCCUUUGAAAGCAAGGUCAUUCUUGGUUCGGGUAAAGCACAAAUUGAACUGCCAGAUGAGGAAGUCUCUGUGGUUUCAUUAGUUGAAAAAUUAUCAGAUUGCACAGACAAGGAACUAAGUGAUUUGGCAUCUUGGUUGGGUGGAUCAUAUAUUACUGAUGCCUUCGGACCAUUGAAUGGAGAGUUGAUCAUCCCCUUGGCUGGUGGUGCUAAUGUGAAUCUUGACAUGUCAAAGAAAUUAGAUAAGGAAUUUAUAGCAAGUCUCUUGGCUUUGUUCCACAAUAGUAGAAGAGCAAUAGAAUUGCAUGAAGACCUGUCACAAGUUGCUCAAGGACCUGCAGAGUUAAUAAUGGGUAGUUUUGAUGGCAUUAAGGCUUUGGAAGGGCAAUAUGGACAAGGAGUUGUUGUUCAGCAAAGGAUGGAGCUAUUGCUUGCUACAUUGUCUAAAAUGCUUGAUUCCUUCCAAGUAGCAUACAAAGGUCAAAUUGUUGGAAUUAUCAUCUGUAAUGAUGCAUCCUCUUCAGAAUCAGAAAUGAUGUUGAAUGUCAUUUUGAAUUCUCGGCCAUCUGCACGUUGGUUGGCUGAGGUAAAAGGAUCAAAUGCAACUAAUGCAACCCUUGUGGAAGUGGCCUUGGUAAGGAAGACCCUAGCUUGGUUGACGGGGAUUAUUCUCAUCAUUUCUACUCUAUUAGGGAUAUACCUGCUGCUCAAUAUGCCCCUCACGAGGGACACCCUUCUCUACUCUAAUGUCAAGCUUGACUAAACUGAGAGGAAGUUGAUGUAUCUUUCUGCUGCUAGAAGUUCAGGAUGGCAUUCCGGUUUUUGUGAAUGAGUUAUUCUUAGAUUUUUUUUUUUUUUUUUUUUUUUUUUU